AUCAUCCCACCGCUUUUCUGUAUUAUCCUCGAGAGAUAUUUCUUUGUCCUUUCUUCGGUUCUCUGGGAAACCCUAACCCUCGAUUCUGAUGCCAGCUUCGGCUUCCGCGCUAAUUUAUCAUCUUGAAUUUUCUCGGAUGUCUUUCUGGUGCGACUGAGGAGGAUCCAUCAUACGAUUCCCAUCUCGAUUGUUGUGACAAAUUUCGUCGGCUGGUUUACUGUCUCUGAAAAUUUUAGUUGUUUGAAGGUUUUUUGUUAUUGGAUUUGACAAUCGGAGGUUGCUGCGGAUCGAAUCGGAGAUCCAGUGACGUCUCGAGGGAUUUCACUUGCAGAGGCUAUCUGUUUGGAUUUGAUCUGAAUCCGUCGGGAUCCUGUCGAUUGUGAAGAAUUUGUGUUGGCGAUGUCUGUUCGAAUCUCUCCGCAUCUUUUUUGGCAGUGAAGGAUUGCUUCAGAAUCCAUUUGGAAGUCUUGCUGCGCAGAGAUAAGCAGAGGAACGAGCCCCUGAGAGGUUUUGUUUACUGAUUGGAGUAGUGAAUUUAGAAAAGGGAAAGAAAGGAAGAGGGAAAAUCAAAGAUAGCUUUUUUUGCUUUUGUACUUCGUUUCGUUUUUGAGUUGAAUACCAGGCUGUUCUCUUUCUCCCUCAAAGUAUUAUCGUUUGAUUAUAAUAUAUACAUACUACAUACACUCUAUAAGUUGAAAAAAAAAUGGCUGUUUAUUACAAAUUUAAGAGUGCAAGGGACUAUGAUUCUAUUCCAAUGGACGGUCCUUUUAUAUCUGUUGGCAUUCUCAAAGACAAAAUCUUUGAAUCAAAGCAUUUGGGCAGUGGUAAAGACUUCGACCUUGUGGUUACUAAUGCCCAAACUAAUGAAGAGUAUCUUGAUGAAGCCAAGUUAAUCCCAAAAAAUACCUCUGUCCUAAUUCGUCGGGUUCCUGGACGUCCCCGUUUGCCCAUUGUUACUGAGCAAAACUCUUGGUUACUUUGCAGAUCAAGAACCGAUAACGAACCUGAAGAUACUCAGCCUAUAAAGCAUGACUACCCUAGUGAUUCAUCUGCCAUGAACCCUGAGGAUGUGGAAUGGGAUGAAUUUGGGACUGAUCUUUACUCGAUUCCUGAAGCACUUCCAGCUCAAUCUAGUAAUCUUAUUCAAGAUGCUCCUGCAGCAACUAAUGACGAUGAGGAAAGCAAGAUUAGGGCUUUAAUUGACACUCCAGCUUUGGACUGGAAGCGAAAAGGGCCUGAUGGUGUUGGUGCUGGCAGAGGUUUUGGGAGGGGUUUGGCUGGAAGGAUGGGUGGGCAUGGUCUUGGUCGGGUGGCAUUGGAGCGUAAGACCCCUCCGCCAGGAUAUGUUUGCCACCGCUGCAGAAUCCCAGGACAUUUUAUUCAGCACUGCCCUACAAAUGGUGAUCCUAAUUAUGAUAUCAAAAGAGUGAAGCCGCCGCCAACUGGGAUCCCAAAGUCUAUGCUGAUGGCAACCCCAGAUGGUUCCUAUGCAUUGCCGAGCGGAGCUGUUGCUGUUUUGAAGCCAAAUGAGGAUGCGUUUGAGAAGGCAAUCGAGGGCUUACCAUCCACCCGAUCCAUUGGAGAACUCCCUCCCGAGCUUCACUGUCCAUUAUGCAAGGAAGUAAUGAAAGAUGCGGUGUUGACCAGCAAAUGCUGUUUCAAGAGUUUCUGUGAUACGUGCAUCAGGAACUAUAUCAUUUCGAAGUCGAUGUGUGUAUGUGGGGCCACAGAUGUUCUUGCUGAUGAUCUUCUGCCAAAUAAGACUCUUCGGGAUACAAUAAAUCGUAUACUGGAGUCUGGGACUGACAGUGCCGAUAACGCCAGAAGCGCUUUUCAAGUUCAAGAUAUGGAGUCUGCACGUAAUCCACCUCCUAAGUUUCCAUCUCCAUGCACUUCUGCUGCAUCAAAAGAACGAGACCGUGUUUCUACUGGGGUUGAGGAAACAAAAAUUGAAGCAGCAGAGAAACAGACAAAGCCUACAAAUGCACCUGAGUCUACGAACGACGAAGCUAAAUCUGCAAAGAAACUGGAUGCAUCUCAAGCAGAGUCAUUGAGUGUACGGGAGGCAACAUCGAGGGGCAGUGCACCGGUCGCUGAGGAAGAAGUACAACAGAAGCUAAAUCCUGAUGAACAAGGAAAGAAAAAGAAGAAAAAGAAGGUUCGUGCAGCCACUCCUGGCUUGCAAUGGAGUGGUCUCCAAGAUCUUUCAGCUGACCACAUGAUGCCCAUGGCACCCUAUGCCUUCAACCCCUUGUGGGCCAGUGGGCAACCUGGUGCGGAUGUUUUCAUGGGUCCUUAUCCUGGUCUGAUGCCGUACAUGGGUUAUGGACCUGGCCCCUUGGACAUGCCUUUUGGAGGUGUCAUUCCUCCUGCUCCAGGCCCCUUUGGUCCACCUGGUCUCAUGUUUCCUCCUAUUCCACCUCAUAGGGAUCUUGCUGAGUUGGGAAGGGGUAUGAUGAAUAUGCCACCUCCGGUCAUGAGCCGAGAGGAAUUUGAAGCCCGGAAGGCUAAUUUGAGGAGAAAGCGUGAGAUGGAGAGACGGGGUGAGAGGGGACUUUCAAGAGAUGGAGGACAUCCGAGGGAGGCGUGUGUCAAUUCUGAGGGCCCGUCGUCCAUGAGAUCCAAAUCCGUAACCAAAAGGGCUCAGCGUUCAUCAAGUGGAGACCACCACCACCACCAGCAUGGGACGGAGAGAUCAUCGGCUGAACGUUCACCAAAACCACCUUCCAAGAGGAAGUCUGAACACCGGCACCAUCACUAUGAUUCUGACCACCAGCGCGAACCGGAACGAACCAAGUCUCGUGAUCACAAACGUCCUCGUGAGCAUGAACGUGAAAAAUCUCGUGACCGUGACCGUCAUCAUCGAUCGUCGGCGGAGACCACAACAGCAGGCGGGAAGAAGCAGAAAAACAGUGUGUUCUCGCGCAUAAGCUUCCCAUAUGGGGAGAAGCCCCCCAAGGUUACUCCUGAGGCGGCGAGUGAUGGGGAGGAUGAGGACGAGGAUAGGCAUUUCAAGAGGAGGCCUUCGAGGUACAACCCCUUGUAAAUCCGACCAUGUUCCAUGAAUCAUCAUCAUCAUCCCCCAAUACUUCCAUCUCUGUAAAAAAGUAUAUGUUAUACUCUGUUCCAUUCCUCUCUCUCCUCUCAUCAUGCUUUAUCGCCCGUUUAUGCAUUUAUAUUUAUUUUUCUAUAAUGAUAAUCCCAAGGGAGAAGUUAAAUUUCUAUUA